GCUCAAUUGGAGAACUGAUUAGUUAUCCAAACGUGCUUGUCGCUCAACGGCGAGAUCGCUUAAAUCGCCGGAAAUUCUAAUUCAUUUAAACAAUUCAAACAUAAAAUAACAUAAGAAAUAUGAUCUCCAAACAGUUCUUGCUUGGAGCAUUCCUAGUACUUAUAGCAUUCUCAUAUGCUUAUGCAGAUGAAAAGGUCCCAGAUAUUGAGGUCUCGGCGGAAUCAGAGAAGGAAAAAAAGGUGGAGAAACGUAAUACAUGUUCAACAUGUUCCUAUAGUGGACGUACGUAUUAUACUUAUGGCGAUGGUACAACUGUGCAGAGACUGGUUUAUCGGGAUCAGAUACAAUCACGUGCCGAUGUUUCAACCCAUGGCUGUCAUGGUAAUCCCUGCGGUGUAAAUGCUGUUUGUCAGGAAACGGCUGGCGGACGUCCAGUUUGCUCCUGCCCUCCCGGUUAUAGUGGCAAUCCUUUGACACACUGUAAUCGUGGUGAAUGUUUGGACAAUGUUGAUUGCCGUAGCGAUUUGCAAUGUCAGAAUGGUCGCUGUGUUAAUCCAUGCAUUGGUGCUUGUGGCAAUAGUGCCAAUUGUGAGCCCAGAAAUCAUGUUGCUGUUUGCAGUUGUCCACAUGGAUUUAAUGGAGAUCCAUUCACUUCCUGUCGCCUUGCUGAUCCUGAGGAACAGUGUCAUCCCAGCCCAUGCGGUGAAAAUACUAAAUGCGAAAUUGUCGGUGGUGUGCCAACCUGCUCGUGCUUAAAUGGUUAUGUUGGCAAUCCAUUAAGUGGUUGUCGUCAUGAGUGUGAUCAUGAUGGUGAUUGUAGUUCACGCGACAUGUGCAGUAAUUUUAAAUGUGUACCCGCUUGCCAACAAUGUGGUACUGGUGCUACUUGCAGCACUGUAAAUAAUCAUCGUGCCGUUUGUGAAUGCCCUAAGGGUUAUAUUGGUAGUCCAUAUACUCAAUGCCGUGCUGAGUGUUAUGGUGAUUCUGAUUGUCCAGCUGGUAGACCAGCUUGUUUCUAUGGUAUAUGCAAGAACACUUGUGAUGGUGCUUGCGGUGUUGGAGCUGAUUGUAAUUUACGUGGUUUGACCCCAGUGUGCAGUUGCCCACGUGAUAUGACUGGUGAUCCCUUCGUCCGUUGUCGUCCAUUUACCAAAGCUGAUUUGUGUGAGCCCAAUCCCUGUGGUACAAAUGCCAUUUGCAUACCUGGUCAUGAUAAUACUGGACGUGAACGUCCUGUAUGCAACUGCUUGCCAGGUCAUACCGGCAACCCAUUGACUCAUUGCUCUAGAGGUGAAUGUCUAAGCAAUAGCGAAUGUCCUGAUAAUAAGGCUUGUAUCAACUAUCAAUGUGUUAAUCCCUGCAUUGGUAAAUGCGGUUCUGGAGCCGAAUGCGAACCCAAAGCACAUUUGGCAGUAUGUAAAUGUCCACCCGGAACUUCCGGCGAUGCUUUGGUUUCUUGCCGCCAAUCUCGUACUUAUCCAGUUGCCAAGUACCAUGGUGUAUCAUCUGGUUCUUGUAACGUGUGUUAACUUUAAAAAUUUCCUCUUUAACUGCCAACCUUUUAAAUCUUUGUUUUUUUGAGUCAUUAUUUAAUUUUAUAAUUUUUGUUUUUCUUUUGCUGUCUAAUAACUUUUAUCGCCGUAAUAUUUUUACAUGGCAUUAUUUUCUAAAAUGUAACAAGUAUUGUUUUUUUUUUAUUAAUUUAUUGCUAAACAGUUACGCUUAUAAAUUAAAUAAAAUGAAUUUGAAUUAUUUAAUAUUAAUCGAAGAGAA